AUGGAAGCCAGAGAACAGGCUUUGCGCGAUCAUCCGGAUGACGACUUCAAAUAUGGUGUCGGUCGAUUCUGGAAAAUUCUCCCAACACGUCCUUACAUGAACUCUCGUCUUGAUUACAGGGCUGCCCUGACCUUCGUCAGGAAUGUUGAAUCAGUUCAAGUGCAGUUCGAUACCCUCAUGGAGAACCUGCUUGCCGCGGCGACAACAUUGGAUCCAGAGAUCUCGGAUGAGGAAUGCUACGAUUUUUUGAAGUGGUGGGCAACAUCCGCCAACAACCCCCGGUACGAUUGGGGUGACGAAACCCUGCCAUAUCUGGACAUCAAAGGUGCCAAUCCACUUGAGCCGGUCGACUUUUUCCUCCGUGGAACAUCAAAUCUUUCGCACAUAGUUUCCCUGGCUCUCAUCAAAGUCAAACUGUAUUCCAUCCUGCUCUUCACUCAUGGAGCCAAUGGAGCAUAUGAAACGGCGACAGAAGAGCACCGCAAGAUGCUGGAUGAGAUGAUGGAUGAGAUGAUGGAACUCAAGGAUUCAACAAUCGCUAGAAAUCCGCACGUCGCCAGCCUGACAUGUCUCGAAGCUGAACCCGAAAUUAAGAAUAUGAAGGCUCAGAUUCGUCAAUUGUAUGAAAUUGUCAACAAAGCGAACCCGUACUUUUGGCCGGAGCUUCUUGAUCCUGAUGAGAAUUUGAAUGCUGCGCCUUCAAUGUACUCGCCUGGAAGUAAGGAGGAGAUGCAAGCGACCAUUAUGUGGACCUGGCAAGCGUGGAAUGAGACCUUUGGCGCGAUUAGAGUCAUUUAUGCGAUAGUCAACGGCAAUGAAUUCUAG